UGAUCUUCCUCUACGCCUCUGCGCCUCUCCCUCAGCUUUAUCUCUGAUACUACAUAUAUCUUCAAAAAGCCUUGUUAUCAUGCCCAACGUUCGCAACGUCGUUCGUCGAUCUCGUCGAUUAUCACAUCAGUCACCGAUUGCAGCUGAAGAUUAUGUUUAUGAAGAGCCAUACUUCGCUCGCUCGGGCUAUUCAAGCGUUAGGACCGUUGGCAUCCCUUCCAUUCAUACCACUCCCCCAUCUCCUGUUGGAACUACGAUCUCUUCUCCCCAGAUCUCUUCGUCGCUAUCCCCUGUCCUAUCCCACUUGUUAUCGUUCCCCAAUCGUUCAUCGCACUCCCGUAAAAAAGAAGAAGGUCACAUACCCCGCCCUCCCAACGCCUUCAUCGUCUUCCGCUCUUGCCUCUGGAGUAAUGAGGAUUUCAGAAGCCUAGAAUCUGAUCAUCGCAACGUUUCACGCAUAGCCGGCGAGAGAUGGCGUAACUUGUCUGACGACGAGAAGGAACCUUUUGUGCAGAUGGCGAAAGAAGCCAAGGCACUGCACGCGAAGAUGUAUCCCAACUACAAAUACUCUCCCUCUCAUCGCACCAACGCGGGACCGAAGCGAAAGGGGAGACGCAACAGCGAUGAGGAGAGAACCAAGUGCGACAUGAUCGCUACCCUCCUGCAGAAAGGAGUCGAGGGCUCUGCAUUGGCGCACGCGAUGGCACACGUCAAAUCUGAAGAUGAAGACGAGAUCGUACCGACACCCAUCAUCCCUCCAAAAGCACCCAUAGUCGCCCCCAGGGCUCUGCCUCCUGUCCAAUUGCGCGAACAUCGCAGAAAGAAGGUCGCUGCUCGUCCUCGAGUCUCGCGCUCAACCAUCACUCAACAUCGCACCGCAGGCCCUGACCUUGCCGCCACGAGUGCUUGUUCGUUCCCACUUAGUUCUACUUCCCGGGAGGCCGCACCUACUUCGGAGCAAUUCAGCGGUACCCCUGAACUACUGUAUCCAAGCGACAUGUUGGACGAAUUCGUUCCUACUGAUGAAAUACCGCCUCUAAGUCUCGAUGCUCUAUAUGAUAUGAAGAACAGGAAACAUCUGACAUCUUCUACUCAGGCACCAAGCCAGCUGCAGGGCUUCCUUACUUCGGUGCUGAGCUCGAGGUCAUGCCUUUCAAUGACUACUUCCUUGACGCCGCCCUGCAGCUGCCCCCGACUCCUCCCCUUAUCGAAAACAACGACUCUCCCCUGUCGAGUGACUACGCGUCUCCUCUUUUGACACCUCCUCGGUCUCCAAUUGUCUUCACCAACCCUUGGACUGCUUUCCUCACGCCUUGUUCACCGGAUAACGAGCUCGAUGAGUUCUUCGUCCCGUCGAUGGACUCCAUGC